CUCACAAAUAAAUAUGUGACGCUAUCCUCGUAAACCAAAUUCUAAGUUAUAUUUUCUCCGGGCAACCCUUUAUUUAAUUUCAAAUCCGAACGGCUGACGGGCUGUCAAGUAUUGUUAUGAAUGCAUUACUUUAUUUAUUUGAGUUUUAAUUAAUUUUCCACGAAUUAAAGAAUAAUGAGUGAGACAAAACUUAGUAGUGAUGAAGUGCCCGCAAAAUUUGCGGACUGGCUGCUGGCAAUGGGUUGUCCCCCUGAAAAAGUACCGACAGUGGACAAAAUUUCGCAGAUGUGCCGUGGAACAUACUAUUUAGUGUGGCGCAGUCUUAUGGAACAGGUAGAAUCAAAAGACAUCAUAAAACAGAAGAGACUGCAAGUUUUUGCGGACGAUGUGAGGAGGUGUAAGAAGAAGAAUCUAUUUACAGAACAUGACACAAAUGUGCUGAUGCCGCCAGAGCUGACACUGUGGCGGCAGCAAACUGAAGUGCGGCAGAAGGUGGUCGAGGCUGAAGCCCGCGUCGCUGAAGCCAAGAGAGACCUCAUUGAGAUCAUGGACAAGGUGUCUAGCAAAAUAUCCCAACGGAACCUGGCCCGUGAGCGAGUCCAAGACCUGCAGCGAAGAGGCUGGCUCCUCCAACUCCUUGCAGAGGAUCUCCGCACCAAGAAACAGAGUCUUAUUGAGGCACGCGCUAUAGCUGAGGAGAUGUGCGCUGUACAGGACCAUACUGAUGUGCAGCCAAAACUAGACAGAUGCCUGUCGUCCCAGCGUCGUCAGCCAGCCGCCGUUGCGGCCACCGUGGCGUCCUCCACCAUGAUCAGCAAUAGCAGCACAAGCACAGCCAACAAUGGCGAUUUGGAAGAGGAGCACAUAAGUCAGCUAGUGGCGUGUCGCGGCGACGCACUGUGGGCGGAGCUAUACGCGCGUAGAGCAGCUCUUGUCAACUCAUUGAGCAGAGGAGAGCCCACAGUGGACAAUAACCGAGGAGCAUAUAAGUCAGCUAGUGGUGUGUCGCAGCGACGCACUGUGGGCGGAGCUAUACAGGAACACAUAAGUCAGCUAGUGGCGUGUCGCGGCGACGCACUGUGGGCGGAGCUAUACGCGCGUAGAGCAGCUCUUGUCAACGCAUUGAGCAGAGGAGAGCCCACAGUGGACAAUAACCGGCCUAGUUUUCAAGCGGUCCUAAGCGAGACUGCGGCACUGCAGUGCACUUUAACAUUAGAAGCCUUCAAGUGCCGUGAAAUGACGAGAUUCGCUCAACAGCGUCUUGCACAAGCUGUUGACGCAUUGAAUACCCAACUAACAGGCGAAUCCUGCGAACUGUUAGUUCUUCGGUGCGAGCGCGCGCGAACAGAGGCGCGAGUUCUCGCACUGCGCGACGCGCUGCGGCAAGUCACGGAGGCCGAGGGGUUGUUUGCCACCAGCCGGGCUGAGCCGCAGCCUGCCCACAACCAGAUAUAUAAGAUUGAUAAAGCUAUUGAAUCCAAGAGAGAGGAAAUCAAAAGCGUCACAUCGUCUCUAGCCUCGACGGAGAGGAAAAUGCAGAACGUGAGAGAGUGUCUGACGACCAUUUUUAAUGGUUUUCGCAACGACGCCCCGGACGCCAAUAUCAGCCACGCCAGGGGCCUGCAGCUAGACCUGCCCUCAGAGUCCAUAGCAAGCCUCCGUCAGUUCUAUGAGAAACGGCGCUCGCGAGCCAAGAUGGAGCUGAGCAUGGAAUUCGACGUCUCGGAUAAUUCAUUCAAUGACCUAUCAGAUUUGGGCAACGCACGAUUCAUCGACGAGCUGAGAAUAUACUUGAAGAAAUUCAAUCUGGAGAAAAACAGGAAACUUGUUUUAGAAAGCGGCGAAAAAAUCUGGGUAUUUGAAACGCUCCGAUCCGCCGCAUCCCGCCUGCAAGCUCGCUGGCUCACCGCCGACAUCGCCAGCGGACUUACGUGCCCGUCGCAGUCUCUUCCACACAACGUACUGAGCCUCGUCAAGGCAGUCGGUCUUAAAGCUAGGCUACGGAGUGUGGGACAAAGUGAGAUAGACUUAAAUGUCAAUGUUGACAUAAACAAACACAUUGACGAAGAAGAUCAGAUCAUAGACAAGAUCAAGAAACGCCUCGACGAGAACCUCCGCAGUCUCCAGAAGACCGUCAAGACCCUGGAGCAGGGGAAAGAGAACCUUAGUCUGUGGUCGGAUAAUCAGUUCAAGAACCAUAUGUCGCAGCAGAGGACGGUCGACGGCAAGCCGUAUAAAGCUUAUGAGGCUUAUUAUUUGGAGGCGUUGAGUUUCUGAACGUU